AUAGAAUUUCCAGCCAUCAUGAAAUCAAUAGUAUUUUUAAUCAUCGCGGGACUCUCCUGGACAUCACUGUACUAUUUUUCCCAAAUUUGUCUGUUAUUGCCAAAAAAUAAUUAUCACAGUAUUCCAGAAAACUUGAACGUCCAGGGAGUGGAAUGUCAAAACCCGGUGGACGACUGCAUCGAUGAGAAUGCAGAUGAUUUACCGGUGCAUCUCGUUCGCUUAUACCACGCCCAGCCGGAACCCUGGAAACACAGUCUAUGCUGGACGGAAUGCCUCAGUCUCCUGUCCAUCAUGCACUUUAUGCAGCCGCGGAGAAUUUACUUGCACACCAACUUCCCGGAUUACUGGCCCUUCGACACCUGCGAGAAUUUAAUUAGCAAUUAUUCCAGUUUAAAGAUCAUUUCCACGCGGCGUGCGUUUCACACCGGCGGGUGGCGGUUACACAGCUGGCCGUCGUUUAUCGCGCACGAAGCCGAUUUAGUCAAGCUAUACGCGCUGCAACGCUACGGCGGAUUGGCGCUCGAUUUUGAUGUGUUUGUGUUGCCAAAUAUCACCCAUAUUUUGCGAAUUUUAAAGGAGUACGAGUGUGUCAUCUCGCGGGAGGCGGAUAUGAAGGCGAAUAUCGGGUUUAUCGGGUGCAGGAAGCAGGCGCGAUUUAUUGGGGAUAUUCUGCACCGCUACCGCACGGACUACCGCCCCGAGUGGACGUACAACUCGGGCGAUGUGCCGAUGCUGCUGUACCACGCGGACAGCGGUCACCGUUUAAAUGUUUACCUUGACGAUGAGACGGCGAGGAAUCCGAAUAUCACGGAACGGAAAUUGAUGUGGGAUCGCAAGGGAUUGGUGAACUGGCGCGCCAAACCCGCCUACCACUCUUUUUACCAUAACUGCUCGUUUUCCGAGGCUGAUUUGCCGUUUAGCAACACGAGUUUAGCGGAAUUAUUUACAUUUAUUGUGGAUGAUUCGCGGAAGGAAGUCAUGGAGCGGGUGAAGAGGAUUUUGAAUAUUAGCGGAACGGUGCCGCCGGCGGUUGAGCCGGACGGGCAGUUACGUGUGCGGUUGUUCUAGAUGCGGUCGCUGUGUUAAUUUUUGACUGCCGCUCGCUGUGUAAUUUUCUUGCAGCUAAUUUGGCCAUGACGACGCAGAUGACGACGCAUU